AUAACUAUUGGUAACUUUUCGCUACAACCGGAGGGCUGAACUGCCAACGUGGGAUACAAAGAAAUCCCUAACAUAUAACUAUUGGUAACUUUUCGCUCAUUUUAGGGAUAAUUUCUUACCUUUUUUCCUUAAAAAAAGGCUCUCCGCUGCGAAGCGCGGGUAUUUUGCUAGUGUAUGGAUGAAACACGUUGGGUAUAGCUUGUUCGCAUACUGAACUCUUUGUCAAUAUUUCCCUGUUAUUUCUUCUGUACGUACGCUUCUCUGACCGUUGCGCCUUAUGCUAUGACCUAUUUUGGGUUUAUGGAAAACCGGCCCUGCUGACGUCACAAACUCCAGCUAACUCACUUAAUUGAAUACGAAAAAUACUUUAAGUAUUAAAAAGUAUAGUUUAUUUUAUUUCCACUAAAUAUCAGAAAGGUGGCGAAGGAAAGCGCUUGGUUAAUAAUUGCUGGGGUUGUUGGGGAUUAAUCGUAUGUUCAGUUAGUAAACGUAUGUCAGAGUUGUCGCAGUUUUCUCAAGAAAGGAUGUACGAUCAAAAUGGAUGAAUUAUUCACAGGAGUUGUUAUUAUAACUUGCAUGAGUGAAAUUUGGCACUUACUUUUUUAUUUUGAAUGUUAAUUUAAGAAACAAACAGCAAUAACAACAAAUAACAAAGUUGCAUUUAGUUUCAGGGUUGGAGGCUUUCAAUUCAGCCAUCUCAUCCUGGCUUUUAUCAUCACGGCCUGCUUCGUGUUUGUACUUUACUGGCUCUGGACAUGGCCCUGUCGGUGAGUCAAGGAUAUUUACGUUGAGCUCAAGUCAAGUUCAUUGCUGCCAGGGUCAAGACUUGUGCACGGUAGUUGGUUGCUUCUCAACUGGAUCAGAAUUGUCUCGAAAUAAAAGAAGUAAAGCUACCAACAAAAGACACACACACUCACACACACACAACCAGAAGAAAACAAAAGGUGAAGGGUGAAGAUACUGAUACGGAUGAGAAAAAAAAUACCUAUUUAGUUGAGAUUGUUUGAGUUUUAUAAACGAAGGAGGAACAACUAAAUAACAAGAAUAAAGAAUUGAUGUGAGACAACAGCAAAAAUAUACGUUUUAAAAGAAUAGUGACAAUUACUAUUCAUGCAUUUUAAUUUUUCCUCUUUUUUUUUUUUUAAAAGUCAAAGAGAAGAGGAGACCAUGGGAUGUAAUCAGAGGCUGCACCGAGUGUUGCCGGCACAGACAGUUAAGCCCCUUUAUGCCCUCGAGCUUGAGCCUGGUAUAGUUGUUCUACAAAGUGAAGAUGGCGAGUUCUUCAGGUCAGUUUUUAGAUAUUCUGUCAAUCAUAUUUGCCGUAUGUUAUGUCAUAAAAUAAACAAUUUACUAAUAAAAUUCGCUGAAAAUAAAUAAAGAUAUGUCGAUAGCUCCCUUUGUGGCCAACGGAUAUAUCAUUGUUCAUUUGGAUUUAUUACAUUACAGAUUGUUUCAUUUCUCUUUUAAUAUACUAGACUAUGUACUGCGCCUCGCGCCUUUGGGGAUUAAGCGUGAUUUUCAAAUAAACUUUAUUAUUAUUAUUAUGUAAAAUGUACCAUCAUUAUUUAGCAUGCUCAAUGCGCUCUGAUGUCCUAAAAUCUAUUAUAAGAAAAUACUAGCUCUUGUAUGAAUGAUUUAAGUAAAUACAAACUAACUGGAAUGUGAUAAAUACAUUUCAAGAUUUUGUCUAACUACAUGCAAGAUUUUGUCAAACUUUAUGCAAGAUUUUGUCUAACUACAUGCAAGAUUUUGUCUAACUACAUGCACGAUUUUGUCUAACUACAUGCACGAUUUUGUCUAACUGCAUGCAAGAUUUUGUCUAACUACAUGCAAGAUUUUGUCUAACUGCAUGCGAGAUUUUGUCAAAUUAUAUGCAAGAUUUUGUCUAACUACAUGCAAGAUUUUGUCUAACUGCAUGCAAGAUAUUGUCUUACUGCAUGCAAGAUUUUGUCUAACUACAUGCAAGAUUUUGUCAAACUUUAUGCAAGAUUUUGUCUAACUACAUGCAAGAUUUUGUCUAACUACAUGCACGAUUUUGUCUAACUACAUGCACGAUUUUGUCUAACUGCAUGCAAGAUUUUGUCUAACUACAUGCAAGAUUUUGUCUAACUGCAUGCGAGAUUUUGUCAAAUUAUAUGCAAGAUUUUGUCUAACUACAUGCAAGAUUUUGUCUAACUGCAUGCAAGAUAUUGUCUUACUGCAUGCAAGAUUUUGUCUAACUGCAUGCAAGAUAUUGUCAUCGUUCUUUUUGCUAACAUUUUAGUGAUGUCUGAGCCCGAAAAAACUUCACCUGCUCUUCCAAUACUUGCCAACAUUUUGAACAUAUAUUUUUCCUUUAUUAAAAUAUUUAGAACGAAUCUCAAGCAUUUACACACGAAGGCUGUUAUUAAAACUAAAGUUUAUAAAUUGUUUUCUAGAAUUCUUCGAGAGUAUGAUUGUGCUGACAGGACCGGAAACGGAAGCAAAGUUCCAGAACAUCCCAACAGCACACCAGACAACCGUUACAUUCCGUCAUAUACCACGGCGUAUUAUCAGACGAGACCUUCAGCGCCGGUGCUGCACGACGCCCCGGGGGUCAAUACGCCUGCCACAGUUGGAGAUCCACCGCCGUGGACGCCAAUCCGAACAAUGACACCUUCAUUCCAUUAUUAGCCGUGUUAGGCGUGCAUACGUUUAUCAAAGCUGACUGUCCGACGGUGAUGGCGCUUAGCAAUUCAUUUUUAUCUAAUCGGGUGACCAAACAAUCUAUGUAUACAUUAUUCAAAGUAAUUUGACCCAUAUGGUUGCUUAAGUAGAAUAAUUAAAACAAUAAUUAUAAUAUAAUACUUAUACUUGGGAAAUAAAAAAAAAAAGAUACCAAU